UUGGAUUGGUCACCCCGCCUGUCAAUCAUCUUACCAAGGUUGUGAGCCUCACUCCGCCAAAAUGACUUCGUACUUUGAGGAGCAUAACUGUGAGCCGACGAAUCCCGAGGAGCAGUAUCGACAGAACGCGUUGUUAGAGCUGGCCAGGUCUCUUUUAGCAGGGAUUGAUCUAGACCUGGGACAAGUAGACUUUUCUGACUGGGAUCACAGACUACCACCUGCAGCUAAGAAGGAGAUUGUACAAAAUCUCCCUUCUAUUCCUGUAACACCAGCACAGGCAGACAAGGGCCUCAAAUGCCCGGUUUGCUUAUUAGAAUUUGAGGAAGAGGAGGUUGUGAAGAAAAUGCCAUGUGAACACUACUUCCAUUCUGAUUGUAUUUUGCCCUGGUUAGGAAAGACCAAUUCAUGCCCUUUGUGCAGACUUGAAUUACCCACUGACAAUGAAGAGUAUGAAGAAUACAAGCAAGAGAAGGAGCGAAGAAAAGAGAAAGAGCAGCGUUUGGAAAAUUUGCAUGAUGCCAUGUACACGUGACCACCAGCAGGUGGCCUUCUGGAAACAUUCUCAUCUUCAACCUUCAAAGUAAAUUUGUUAUCAAAGUACGUAUAUAUCACAAUAUACCACCCUGAGAUUCAUUUUCUUGCCCAGGCAUUCACAGAACGAAGAAAUAAUACAGAAUCAAUGAGGAAGUACACACAAUGAAUAACAGCCAAUGUGCAAAAGAAGACAAAUUAUACAAAUAGAAAUGAAAACAAAUAAUGAUUAUAAAUAAAUAAUUCUGAGAGCAUGAGUGGUAGAAUCCUUGAGAGUGAGUCCAUAGGUUGUGGAAUCAGUUCCAUGUUGAGUGAAGUUAUCCUCUCUGGUUCAGGAGCUUGAUGUUUGUAUGAUAAUAAUGGUUCCUGAACCUGGUGGAGGCUCCUGUACCUCCUGCCCAGUGGUGGUAGUGAGAAGACAUCAUGGCCUGAGUGGUGAGCGUCCUUGCAAAUGUUAUUCUGGUAGCACUCCUGCUUUGGUCUGGGCUUGCCUGGCUUCCAGUCUGUGUGGAUUAUAUAGUGGCCGCGUCGGCUCCUUGAACAUGUACUAACAGGCACUGUUUUCCCCUCUCUUCAACAAAAAAUGCAGAACAAGGAUCAAUAGCAGCUACACACAGCAUGUUUUAUAAAAUUAUAGAACUACACUUCAUCUCCUUUUACUUGUGCAGGAAUACAACUAUUGUUCUCAUUGUGACUGGUUCUUCCUGUGGUGCCAUUGCUUCAUAAACUUUGUUUUAAAUAGUUUAGAAAUGUUAAUUAAGAUACUUUUUAAAAUUGUUGCUUUUUAUUAUACCUUUUUUGUACAAAAAUGCAUGUAUAAAAGUUGACAUUGGGGCAAUGCACCUUUGUCCAUGUGUGACAUAGAUUGAGAGAUUUUUUUUCUCUGUUUCCCUGGCAUCAAUGUUUCUUACAUGGUUCAGGGCAUAGUUUUCCAGUUUCCAGAUACAUUAGUGAGGUGUGAAGCAACGUGGGUUCUAAAGUGGCCCGCCAUGUUGACAGAACACGUUUGGCCCCAGACUCACUGUAGUCGUCAAGUUGCCACUUUAAAUUACAUUCAUAAUCACUUUGGAUCUGUUGAAGUAAUAUUUUAUGUCAAAACUAAUUGUAAAACUUAAAAGACCAAAAACACAUGCUUAAAAUAAUUAAAAUAUUAAUUGAACCAAAUAUUUUUGCAUUACACUUGGUAAUUCUUCCAUUUAUAUCAGCGGUCCCCAACCACCGGGCCGUGGACCGGUACCGGGCCGCAAGGCAUGCGCUACCGGGCCGCGAGGAAACGAUAUAAUUUGGCGAUAGGAGCAGCUGCACCUUUCCUCAUUCACUGUCACGCCCACUGUUGAGCUUGGAACGCACGCGAGGUCAUUACGCACGCGUCAUCCAUGUCAGCGCAGGAAGGAGAUCAACUCCUCGAGCUUGCAAAUGAUGGCGGGCUGAAAAGUAUGUUUGACAUAAUAUCUCUGCCGGCAUUCCGGAUCAAAGUCAAGGCUAAAUAUUCUGAGAUAUUCAGGAAAGCACUGAAAAUGUUGCUUCCAUUUCCAACAUAUCUCUGCAAUGAAUGCAACGAAAACUAAUUUGCGGAAUAGACUGGACAUAAGGAACCCCCUUCAAGUAUCGCUGUCUCCCAUCACCCCUCAAUAGGACGGUGUUGUUGCAGGGAAAUAAGCCCAGGGCUCCCACUGAUUCAGCGAUAUUGGUGCGUUGCAAUGAUUUUAGAUGUUCAUACGAGGAAAAUAUGCGCUGUGGUGUUUGAUAUCCAAACGUUACUUAAAAUGUUAUGAUGCUAUUAUAAGUGACUUAUAUAACCAUGUAACAAUUACGGCAUGGAAACAGGCGAUCUCGCCCCUUCUAGUCCGUGCCGAACGCUACUCUCACCUAGUCCCACCGACCUGCACUCAGCCCAUAACCCUCCAUUCCUUUCCUGUCCAUAUACCCAUCCAAUUUUUCUUUAAAUGAUAAUAUCGAACCUGCCUCUACCGGAAGUUCGUUCAACACUUCAAGCUCCCCUGUCCUCCCCUGAUAAUUGUCUUAUCGCUAUAUUCAUGCGAGGAAAAUAUGCGCUGUGUGUUUAAUAUUAAAUUCGUUAGAUAAACCCUUUUAGAAACGAAAUUGAGCGUAUUAGCCACUUAUCACCUAUAUUCCGGUCGUGAUUAACACCCCCCCACCCACCCCCGCUGCCGACAACAGAUUCGGCAAAAGCAAUUUUUAAGAAAUCGGCAUGUAAACGCAUGCACAAGUUACGCAUGCGCACUGGUGCCCGCGCAAGGCUUCAUGGUCAUUGUAAUCUUUUUGGGGUAAACCCAACGUAUUUGACUUGUACAUUAGCAACCCUACCCCCCCCCCCCCGCCCCGGUCGACCGGUCCGCAAGAAUAUUGUCAAUAUGAAACCGGUCCACAGUAUGAAAAAGGUUGGGGACCCCUGAUUUAUAUCUCAGAGAUGAACAGAUAGAGAUGUUUGCAUUCCACAAGGCAUCUACCAAGAGCAUACAGAUUCUCCACAGCUCUUCCUUUGAACAACAUGCUGUUGCUACGUCCUCUGCUCAGGAAUAGCCUAGUUUAAGCCAAAUCAUAAUAAAGAUGGGCCCAAGAAUUGUAUAGGGAGGCCAUGUAAUCAUUUCUUGCCCAAUCAGUUAUUGAUUAUUUGAUACAUAUUUCCCCUUUCCCUUUACUAGGAAUGAUUUUGUCCUGGGAAUGUUUCUUCUAGUCACAUGGGAGAGAAGGUAGUAUACAGUAAUCCUGAUAAAGGGUCUCAGCCCAAAGCCUCCACAGUUUAUUCCUCUCUGUAGAUGCUGCCUGAUCUGCUCAGUUCCUCCAGCAUUGUGUAUGUUACUCUGCAGUUAUCAGCAGUUUAGUUCAUGUGACAUUGCUGACUUUUGUAUGGUACUGUAUUUGUCAAUGUGGAGCAGUGAAUGAGUUUGUUAAUCUGGUAGGACCAAAGGAUGUUGGGAAUAGCGGGGGUGAAGUGCUGUGGGACAGGUGGCAGAGAAGGAGUGCCAGGGUGGGGGAUGGUUCGGGUGCAAAUACACCCAGCCCUGAGGCACCAGGCUAGGUAAUUGGUUUAUUUGAUCACUACAGAAUGUCUCUCUGGUGAUUCCCACUCCCUUCUCCUUUUCCCAACCAUGAUUCCUCUCUCCCUGUCUCCUUCCCACUCACAAUAGAGACUCCCUUAGAAUCAGGUUUAGCAUCACUCACAUAUGUCAUGAAAUUUGUUUUUUUUCUGUGGCAGCAGUACAAGGUAAUACAUGAAAUUACUACAGUACUGUGCAAAAGUCUUGGGAACCAUAGCUAUAUAUGUAUGCCCAAUACUUCUGCGCAGUACUGUCUAAGAAGCACAUCUCGAGGCAAAUCACAAGCAAUAUCAAGGGAAACUUUUAAUCACUCUAUUUGAUGCUGAGGUGCAUCGUAGGAUGCGCAGGGACACAUCAUCAGGGAUGUAACCUGGGGUUAGCGGGUGUUUCAGGUCUUUCAAUAUCCAGGCGACCCAGCCAGGGUUGAUUUGGCCCUGGCAUGUCUUCCAGCAGCAUUAUUUGCUCUACAGAAGACAAAGCUGAACUGUGUUUGACUGCAGAUUUCUGUAACAAUCAUGGACUCAUGAUCUUGGGCUGUAUUUUUGGUAUGACUCUAUUUUACUGAUAUUUUGUAUGUGCUUGCUAUUUUAUGUGUUACAUGUGCUUUAUUCUGUGUUUGACUGUUGGUACUAUGUGUUCCACUUUGGCCCUGGAGUAAUGCUGUUUCAUUUGGCUGUAUUCAUGGCUAUUCAUGUAUGGUUGAAUGACAGUUGAAUUUGAACUUGGUCCACAGAUCACACCUCUUGAGCCACAGUCAUCUGGAGGUACGUUCAGCAACCUCUGGGACGGUCCUGAUGGCUCUCAGUCCUUGUAAUGCCAAGGAGAGAAUUUUCACCAUGAUGUCUUCCAUGAAGUUUCUGAUUUGGGGGGGGGGGAGGGAAGGGAGCUGCUGCACACUAGAGGGCCUCUACACUCCACUUGGGUUGCCUUAACCUGCUGUACAUCUGCUUAUAAUGCCCUUCUCGAGCCAAUGCUAGCCUAAUGUGGUUGUUCCUGAGGAGAGACUCAAUCUGAAGUUCCUGUAGUAUAGGAUGAGAUACCUUAUCUUCCUUGGAACAUGAUGUCGGUUCAGCACGAUCUCCACCAGCUUGUGUGGUAAUGACCGGUACAUGUUGGCAAGGUCUAGCCACAGUAGGAUUAGGUCUCCCUUUCCUUCGUGCUGGGGACCCAUGCCCAUGUGAUCCAGGCAUCUUGGCACUCCGGGAAUCCCUCCCUUCUGCACAGAUGUAUCAGUGUAGCCAUUUUUGAGGGAAAAAAAAACUCAGGCGACAGGAAGCAAUACUGAAAAAUAUCUUCCCUUCCACACUGAGCAGCAGAUGGAUCUAAACUGUUCAUUGUGCUUGGAGUUCUCUUUGGGAAUCCCGACUCCCUCUGCACACCUCCACUAGUCAAAAUGACCUUUAACUAUGUCAGAUAACCCUAUCUUUUCUGAAGGUGUAGAUCCGUCUCUAGUUUGGUGCAUGCGAGGUGCCCGCUAUGCUUCUGUCCUAGCAGCUGCUUGGUGAAUCCAUUGGGGUUCACGAUAAAGGCAGCUCAUUUUGUGGCUCACUCUCUUCCCUGUCUCCUAUGCCAUUCUGCCCUGUGCAGUGCCAUAAGCAUAUGAUUUACAGAGCUCAGCAAGUGUUGGUUUCUCUUCUUCACUUGUUCCCCCACCCCUGCCUGUACUGUUUAGUCAGGGAUUGGAGCUCCUGAUCAGCUGGAGUAUUUUGGCUGCCCCAUGGUUCAUUGUAUAGGAGACUUUGCUGGUUUUCUUCUCCACUAAGCCAAAUCUCUAAGUAGCGAAGCUGACAGUGAUAGCUGACGUGUUCUGCAGGUAACUACAUCUUACUUGGCUAUUGCUUCAAUGAUAUGGACUACAUCCUCAAACUGUAGUCACUCCCUCCGAUGGCUUGUUGGAGGCCACAUAACCUGCCAGUGAUUUGCUACUCUGCCUGGAGUGAGAGUUUCUGGCACUUGAAGGUUCUGGGCACUGUGGGCUCCUACUGCAUCUCACCAGAAAUGAAUCGUAAGCACUGUGUUGCUCUCUCCCGCUCCAGGCAUUUCAUCUUGGCCUGAUAGAUUUUUAUGCCAAGCAGGUUCGUGCAAACCUUGCCACAAAUGCAUCUGUCACUUUUAAUUGAUGAUCUGUUUGCAAAAGUUGACAUUCUUGAGUCCGUCCUGGCAAAGUGCUGAUCCUCCCCUCCCUCUUGGGCCCCUGGGGUUAUGUCUCAGUAGGUCUCUCCAUAGCUUAUGAGGUUUCUUCCUCUUGGAAGAUGCAGGUUGGGCUGCUAGCCCAACCCCCCCAGUUGCCGUCUUUCUGAGCUGUCAACUGCCUCUCCAGUAGUCACCAACCUGUUCUUUGUUGUUACCCAGACUGAUACAAAUCUAAAAGGAAAAUUGCUAAAGAAAUUCCAUCUUUUAAGUUAAUUGUGUUUAGCCUUGGUAUUCUUAUUUCACAAUUUUAUCUUUGCAAUUACUUUGGAUCUGUUUAAAUAAUGUAUUAAAAAAUCAAAUUUGAUUGUAAAAGUUAAAUGGCCAAAAACAAAUAUACUUAAUAAAAACAUUAAAUAAAUCAAAUAAAAACUUU